GUUUAAACAGUGCUCGGUGGAGAAACUGUCGACGGCUUGUCCACAGUCGACUGUGACUCCGCUGGUCGCUGCGAAAGGGGGUGGAGCUGGUUCUUCUUCUUUGUUUUUUUUGGAAGUCUACGCUCUCGGUUGCGGUGCAUUCUGGAUCUUUGGUGUGCGUUGAACAUCGCAGGGCACAAUGUUUCGUCACAUAAAGGACGGCGCAUUCCUGCGGCAAGUGUCGCAAGACCAGAUGAAGGCCGCACUGCACACGUAUCAUCCCAGCCGCUUUCUGACCACUCCCAAGGGUCGCAAAGUGGUGAAGACAGUGAACACGUUCAAGAUCACUAUUCUGUGCGGGUUCAUUACUAUUCUAGUGCUUCGCGGUACGUUGGGUCCCGGUGGGCUCACCUGGGGUAGCAGCCCGCAGGUUAUUGAUUUGAGAGAGCAGAUCAUCAUGUCACAGAGAGAGCGGGUGCUAGCACAGGUAGAGGAAGCCAUUCCCGAUGAGGUGACUGCCAGCAAGUUUGUGAAAGAGGAAGAAUGGGAUGGGGUUUCGCCUUACACCCUGGGCCAGAAAAUCACUGAUUGGGACUCACAGCGGGAGACUUGGAACGCGCAGAAUCCAGGCAUGAACAAGACGGUCAGUGGCCGGCCCAAGAUGCUGCUCGUCUCGGGGUCGCAGCCUAGCCCUUGCGCUAACCCAAUGGGUGACUUCUACCACCUGAAGUUUUUGAAGAAUAGGAUUGAUUACGCUCGUCUGCAUGAUCUCGAGUUUUUCUACAACAUGGCCACUUUCGAGAAGGAAAUGAGCUCUUUCUGGGCUAAGCUCCCGCUUUUGAGAAAGAUGAUGUUGAACCACCCUGAUGUGGAGUGGAUAUGGUGGAUGGACAGCGAUGCCAUCUUCACAGACAUGACCUUCGAGAUGCCCAUGGAAAAGUACGGAAAGAGCAACUUGAUCGUGCACGGGUUUCAUAAUCUGCUGUUUGAGCAGCAGCGGUGGAUAGGUUUGAAUACGGGCAGUUUCUUCCUCAGAAACUGUCAGUGGUCGUUGGAUUUGCUCGAUGUGUUGGCCCCCUUUGGACCGGAAGGACCCACUAGAGUUGAAGCAGGAAAAUUAUUGACUGCGAAGCUUGUUGAUCGACCAGUGUUUGAGGCUGAUGACCAAUCCGCCCUUGUUUAUCUUAUCCUGUUCGGUGAUCCCAAAUGGAAGGCGAAUACAUACAUUGAGUGGGAGUUUUUAUUACAUGGUUAUUGGAAGUAUGUGGUGUAUAACUACGAAGAAAUGAUGUCUAAGAAUCACCCUGGGUAUGGAGACGAUCGGUGGCCUUUUGUCACCCACUUUGUAGGGUGCAAGCCCUGCAAGCUAGGAGCGACUCCAGAGAAUGCCGAAUGUUUCAAACAGAUGGAGCGUGCCUUCAAUUUUGCAGACAAUCAGGUGCUUGAGAAGUACGGUUAUACUCACACAGCUCUUGGGUCAUUCAAAACGCAGAAGAUUCGCAGGGACUCUGUUAACCCGUUAGGAUUAUAUAAGCUGCAGCCAAACUCCUCGGGACGCUCUAAGGAGACUGUUUCCCACUCAAUUUCGAAGGAAGAGUCCUAGGAUCUACAAGGAGCAUUAUCUCAGCAGGCCGUGACUCAAGAGAAGCCUGGUGAGAUGGACACACUCGAGUAGAGUAUGAAUGAUUUCUGAACAGCGAGUAUACAAAACCCCCUUCAUUGGUCAAACCUCUUCACAUAAUUUCACUUUUUACAUUGCCAUGAUCCAGAGAGGAGAUUCUGAAGGUAAAUGUGAGCUUUCAUUUCAUCUUUCAAAUUUACAAUGGCGUGUACUCGUCUUCUCACAAGCUUUUAAGCUUGCAUUUGAGGUCUCUCUGCAUGCGCUGGAGAGGCCACCAUCCUAGUCUACCAUGUUCCUGACCGUUUGACAGUGGUAGCGAAGAUUGUGUUGUAGUUUGUCUUUUUGGACGUUUGUAGAUGAUGACAGAAGGAUAUUAUAUAACUCAAGUCCCGAAUCCAAAGACUAUGUGGAGCUCAUCCUGUGGCUUUGCAGCAAUUUAGAUGCUAAGAAGUGUUUGAGCUCUCGUUUUGUAAAGAAAUCCGGCUAUUUUAGCACUUUUUCCAAGACAUGCUUCAACUGGGUUCAACCAGUACUUCA